AUGAGGAUCGACUUGCGGAGGGCCUCUGUGCUGGAUUUAGGUGAUGCUGAAGACAGAAAAGCUGCAGGCCCUGAAGCUGUGAUAUUUGAACUUGCUGCUGAGCGUUGGAGCUACAUUCAGCUCCAAGAGACUGUGAAGAGGAAGUUGGAAGGAGCUCGAUCACCACUUAAUGGAGACCAGCAGAAUGGUGCUUGCGAUGGGAGUUUUUCUCCAACGAGCAAGAGAAUACGAAAGGACAUUCCUACAGGAAUGGAAACCCUCAAUAUGCCACUGCCUUCAGCUUCUCCUCUUCACCAACUUGACCUGAAGCCUUCUUUGCCCUUGCAGAAUAGUGGGACUCACACUCCUGGGCUUCUAGAAGAUCUAAGUAAGAAUGGUAGGCUUCCAGAGAUCAAACUUCCUGUCAACGGUUGCAGUGACCUGGAGGACAGCUUCACCAUCCUGCAGAGCAAGGACCUCAAACAAGAGCCUCUAGAUGACCCUACUUGCUUAGACACAUCCGAAACGUCUCUUUCAAAUCAGAACAAGCUGUUCUCAGACAUUAACCUGAAUGAUCAGGAGUGGCAAGAAUUAAUCGAUGAGCUGGCCAACACGGUUCCUGAGGAUGACAUACAGGACCUGUUCAACGAAGACUUUGAGGAGAAGAAGGAGCCCGAAUUCUCGCAGCCGGCGACGGAGACCCCUCUCUCCCAGGAGAGCGCGAGUGUGAAGAGCGACCCCUCCCACUCGCCUUUUGCACACGUCUCCAUGGGAUCUCCCCAGGCGAGGCCCUCCUCCUCUGGCCCUCCCUUUUCCACGGGCCCCACGGCCGCGAGUUUGCCUUCGGUGGCCAGCACUCCCGCAGCUCCAAACCCCGCCAGCUCACCAGCAAACUGUGCUGUCCAGUCCCCUCAGACUCCCAGCCAAGCGCACGCUCCAGGCCCAGCCCCACCCCGGCCUGGAAACGGUUAUCUCCUUAAUCCCGCCGCGGGGCCCGUGGCCGGGGCCAGCUCCGACAUGUCGCCCGCGGAGCAGCUCAAGCAGAUGGCCGCGCAGCAGCAACAGAGGGCCAAACUCAUGCAACAGAAGCAGCAACAGCACCACUCCAACCAGACCUCCAGCUGGUCGCCCUUGGGGCCCCCGUCCAGCCCCUACGGAGCAGCCUUCGCUGCGGAAAAACCAAAUAGCCCAAUGAUGUACCCCCAAGCCUUUAACAACCAAAACCCCGUAGUGCCUCCCAUGGCAAACAACCUGCAGAAGACGACAAUGAAUAACUACCUCCCUCAGAACCACAUGAAUAUGAUCAAUCAGCAGCCAAAUAACUUGGGUACCAACUCCUUAAACAAACAGCACAAUAUUCUCACCUACGGCAACACUAAGCCUCUGACCCAUUUCAACGCGGACUUGAGUCAGAGGAUGACCCCCCCGAUGGCCAACCCCAACAAAAACCCGGUGAUGCCCUACAUCCAGCAGCCGCCGCCGCCGCCGCCGCCGCCGCCGCCGCAGCUCCAGGCCCCCAGGGCGCACCUGAGUGAGGAGCAGAAGCGCAUGCUUCUCAUGAAGCAGAAAGGAGUGAUGACGCAGCCCAUGGCUUACGCCGCGCUUCCAUCCCACGGGCAGGAGCAACACCCAGUUGGACUCCCCCGGACCACAGGCCCCAUGCAGUCCUCGGUGCCGCCAGGCUCGGGCGGCAUGGUGUCGGGGGCCGGUCCCGCGGGCCCCGGCUUCCUCGGCAGCCAGCCCCAGGCAGCCAUCAUGAAGCAGAUGCUCAUUGACCAGCGGGCCCAGCUGAUGGAGCAGCAGAAGCAACAGUUCCUGCGGGAGCAGAGGCAGCAGCAACAACAACAGCAGAUCCUGGCCGAGCAGCAGCUGCAGCAAUCACAUUUACCCCGUCAGCACCUCCAGCAGCAGCGGAAUCCCUACCCUGUGCCGCAGGUCAAUCAGUUCCAAGGUUCUCCCCAGGAUAUAGCAGCCGUGAGAAGCCAAGCGGCCCUCCAGAGCAUUCGAACGUCACGGUUGAUGGCACAGAACGCAGGCAUGAUGGGAAUGGGACCCUCCCAGAACCCAGGGACAAUGGCCGCGGCAGCAGCCCAGUCAGAGAUGGGACUGGCCCCUUAUAGCAACACACCUACCAGCCAACCAGGAAUGUACAAUAUGAGCACAGGGAUGACCCAAAUGUUGCAGCACCCAAACCAAAGUGGCAUGAGCAUCACACACAACCAAGCCCAGGGGCCAAGGCAGCCCACCUCUGGGCAAGGGGUUGGGAUGGUGAGUGGUUUUGGUCAGAGCAUGCUGGUGAACUCAGCCAUUACCCAGCAGCACCAGCAGAUGAAAGGGCCGGUGAGCCAAGCCCUGCCGAGGCCCCAGGGCCCGCCAAGGCUGCAGGGCAUUAUGGGAACAGUCCAGCAGGGAACGCAGAGCUGGCCACAGAGGAGCUUACAGGGGAUGCCUGGGAGGACUAGUGGAGAACUGGGAUCAUUCAAUAACGGCGCCAGCUACCCACUUCAGGCUGGCCAGCCGAGGCUGACCAAGCAACAGUUCCCACAGGGACUGAGCCAGGUUGUGGAUGCUAACACUGGCGCCGUGCGAACCCUCAACCCAGCUGCCAUGGGUCGCCAGAUUAUGCCACCGCUCCCGGGGCAGCAAGGCAGCGGCCAGGCCAGGCCCAUGGUCAUGCCUGGCCUAAGCCAGGGCGUCCCCGGCAUGCCAGCGUUCAGCCAGCCCCCAGCCCAGCAGCAGAUGCCCAGCGGCAGCUUCGCUCCCAGCAGCCAGAGCCAGGCCUACGAGCGGAACCCCGCUCAGGACAUGUCCUACAAUUAUAGCGGCGAAGCAGCCGGGGCCUCCUUCCCCGGCCUCUCGGACAGUGCGGACCUCGUGGACUCCAUCAUCAAAGGCGGGCCGGGGGACGAGUGGAUGCAGGAGCUUGAUGAGUUGUUUGGGAACCCCUAGUCAAGAGGAGCCCCGAGAGCCGCAAGUCUAGUGUUGAAAGCCUAAAACGUGAAAAAGAAACAGGAUGUUGAGCCAUCCCUGUUUUUUUUGUUUUUUUGACCCACGUAAACUGAGCAAAACUGCAGCUGGCUGACAGUGAAAGAUCCAGGUGCCAAUCCACAGCCGCGCUGGGCCUCAUUUCACCGGAUUUUCACACAGCAGUCGAGACAAGACGCCACGCGGAUCCCGGCUGCAAGAGAGAGGGACGCCGCCGAGGCCGGUGGGGAAGACGGAUCCGAAGGCCCUGCGCUCGGCAGCCCCUGUGCUCGCCGGGCGCAGGGAGCGCUGCUCCAGCCGAGCCAGACCGCCGCGCAGCG